AUGGAGCGGUACGUGGUUAAACGCCCCGCCGGGGAUGCGGGAGGCGGCGGGGGCAAGAGGCCGCGGGCGGCGGAGCCCGUGUCUGGGAAGCCCCCCUGGCAGGAGAUCCGGGCCCCGGGUCUGGACUGUGACUACCGAAUGCUCUUCGGCAAGGCUGAGGCUGACGAGAUUUUCCGGCAGCUGGAGGAGCAGGUGGAAUAUUUCGAAGGUGAGAUGACAAAAUUGCAUGUGUUUGGGAAGUGGCAUGACAUUCCAAGGAAGCAGGUAACCUAUGGAGACCCUGAGUUAACCUACACUUACUCAGGUGUUACCUUCUCUCCUAAACCAUGGAUCCCAGUCCUCACCCGCAUCAGAGACCGUGUUGCUUUGGAGACAGGACACACUUUUAAUUUUGUUCUUAUUAACAGAUACAAAGAUGGUGAGGACCACAUUGGUGAACACCGGGAUGAUGAGAGGGAGCUGGUGCCACGCAGCCCCAUUGCCUCCGUGUCCUUUGGAGCUUCCAGGGACUUUGUUUUCAGGCACUGUGAUUCCAGAGGGAAAAAUGCCACGUGCCACAUGAAGCCCAUCAAACUGCAGCUGGCCCACGGGAGCCUGCUGCUGAUGAAGUACCCCACCAAUGUGUACUGGUACCACAGCCUGCCCACCCGCAGGAGAGUGCUUGCCCCAAGGAUCAACCUCACCUUCCGAAAAGUCAUGGCCACAGCCAAGAAGUGAAGGGUUCAGCAAGCAAGCACCUGGGCUUUUGGCUCUGAAAACAGCAGUUUUCCUCCCCAACAUAACUCUGCAUUUUUUAACUUGCUGUCCCUGGUGAUCCAAGGUACCAGAUGUGCAACUUAAACCAGGAGAGGAGGCAGUGUGCUUGGUAACCUGAUAACAAAGACUGCAGCCACUGACUUUAAAUGCCCGGAGUCUCCAUGAAACGUUGCUGUGGUGCCACUGAUUGGUACUAAUCAUGAGUAAAACCCUUGUACUGCUCAGGAGGAAGACAUCACCACACAUGAACAGCUCCUUUGUUAAAUAAGUUUGUUCCUUUAUUGCUACUGUACAGUUACAAAAAUACCUGAAGUGAAAACACAACUUCAAACAGCAGUGCAGUGGUUUGACUACAUUAUCAUACGUUUUAAAUAACACACAAAAUAAGACAAGAAUAAUCCAAACACAGAGGUGUCAUC